UCGUAUUUAAUUUACGCGCGUAGGGUGAUUUAAACUGAGUGUUGUAUCUCAGCAAGUUGUUAGUAAGUUUCCAGGCAGUUGUUUUCUUUUUUUAAUCGGCGUAGAAUCAUUACUGAAAGUGGACUAAUAACUUGAAAUGGGUAAAGUUCUUUGUGAAACCUGUAAAAAGGAAUGUGUUGGAAGCGUUUUAAAAGUCCAAAACAAGUAUUUUCAUGUGGAAUGCUUCAAGUGUGUGGUGUGUUCAUCAUCGUUAGCUCACGGAGGAUUCUUUUUCAAAGAAGGAUCAUAUUAUUGCACUGCAGAUUAUCAAAGAAUGUUUGGAACAAAAUGUGUUGCUUGCAAUAAUUUUGUAGAAGGAGAAGUUGUUACGGCAUUAGGAAGCACAUACCAUCAAAAAUGCUUUAUUUGUGCUAGAUGCCAUCAGACAUUUCCACCUGGAGAAAAAGUUACGUUUACUGGUAAAGAAUGUCUUUGCAUUAGAUGUAUACAAAUUCCUGUUAUUACUUCUCAGGUUGUAGAAUCCCCUAUAAAUACCACACGAAGGUGUGGAGGAUGCAAUGAAGAGCUGCAGGAAGGACAAGCUCUUAUUGCUCUAGAUAAGCAGUGGCACAUAUGGUGUUUUAAAUGCUGUACGUGUGGUACAGUUUUACAUGGAGAAUAUAUGGGAAAAGAUGGGCAACCAUAUUGUGAGAAAGAUUAUCAAAAGCUGUUUGGCAUAAAAUGUGCACACUGUGAUAGAUUUAUAGCCGGAAAAGUUUUACAGGCAGGUGAGAAUCAUCACUUUCAUCCAUCAUGUGCUCGUUGUUCCAAAUGUGGUGACCCAUUUGGUGAUGGUGAGGAAAUGUAUUUACAAGGAGGAACUAUUUGGCAUCCAAGAUGUGGACCUGGACCUGACAGCCAAAUUGAUGACAGUGAUUUAGAAGAUUCAAAAAAAGAAUUCUCACUUGAUGGAACUCAGUAUGGCCGUACGAGUCCUGGAAGUUAUCUGGAAAGAGAUCCUCUUCUUUCUGAUUUAAGUAGAGUUUAUACAUAUAGCUAUUUAACAGCAGAGCCAACUCAGGGAUAUCUCAGACGUCCUAUUGAACCCAAACCGCCGAAAUCGCCACAAUUUCAUAGACCUCCUGAUGAUGUGGAUCGAAGAAAAACAUGGAGUAAAAGUCCUGUUCACAAAGCAGGAAUGCAAGCCUUAGUUGAAUCAAUUCAGUCAUCAACACCCCGUCCACGUUCACCCCACAUGAAUAAUGAAGAGCCGAUUGAAUAUUCGCACUAUCCUGGAGGUCAUCCUCCUAGUCCAGAUGAAGUGCCACCUAUUGAAAGAGAUGAUUUCCCCGCUCCUCCUUUCCCAUUUACAGAUCCUGAACGUCGAAGGAGGUGGAGUGGCAGUUCAAAAGAUGUUGAGGGUGAGGUUGAGUUAGAAAUUGAUGAACCCAUGGAAGAGUGUGAUACUCAGUUGAAGCGAGAAGAAGAGGAGUUGUCUAAAAUUGCAACUGGCAUAGGAAAAGUUUUUCUCAAAACUGUUAAAGACCGAGAGAAAAUUAAAGCAUGGAAAAAGUCUCAUUUAGAUCCUAGAAAUGCAUCUAGGACUCCUUCUGCAAGCAAAGAGCCUCCUGUUCGCCUCAGAUAUGACAAUCCUGUAAAUGCUUCUCCUUCAAGGGAUUCUGAUCAUCCCAGGCCUUGGGAAGAAGAUGAUUUUGAUAGAAAAUCCAGCUUCAGAUCAUCUACUGGAAGAUUAGUUGGCACCCUUCCAAAUUACAAUGUUGUCUCUUCUCUUCGAUAUGUGCCAAAACCAGGAUAUGGCUUAGCAUCAAGAUCGCCUGGUCCAUUAGCUGGUAGAGACAGUGGUUUGGGAUAUGUUAGUGACUUGGCAUUUGGUAGGUUAGAAAAGACACAAAGUUCUGAAUUUAGUAGUGGUAAAUCAGAUAUUUCAACAUUUUCUGAACAAGGUGAUAAAUCAUUUAUUAAUCAUAGUGGUAAUGGCAUCUUUAGAGGUACACCAUAUUCUGAAGGAUUUAGAGGAUUUCGUUACCCUACGUACAGUCCUCAUCUGAGACAUUCAUUACCUAAUGUAACUCUUCAUCUCUCUACUGAACCACCAAAAUGUUAUCCUUAUCAUUUGUUAAUGACAUCAAACUAUCGCCUUCCUUCUGAUGUUGAUCGUUGUCAUUUGGAGAGACAUCUUUCAAAUGAAGAAUUUCAAGCCUUAUUCCAUAUGACUCGUCUUCAAUUUUAUCGUUUACCAGAAUGGCGACGAAAUGAGUUAAAACGAAGAGCAAGGUUAUUUUGAUACACAGAUCAUUUGUAAAUGGUACCACACAAAAUUCUCU